AUGCCCAGGAUUUCGCGUUGCAACCGCCUCAAAAGCCUGUGGAGCGGCUGCGACGCCGCACUCGGCGCUGACCGCGACGCGGCGCCCUCCAGCUCCGGCCAGCCGUCGUGCACCGGGGAGACGCAGGGGGACGAUGGCGGAGCGUGCAGCGCGGCAGUGGGGUCCGCAACCGGGAGCCCGCCCGGGCGGCAGACUGCGGGGAGCGUCGGGACGGCCUGCGAGGAGGAGGAGAAGAAGCGAAGGACACGCAUCAGGAACAGAGAAAACGCACAAAAUUCGCGCAGACGCAAGAAAAUGAUGCAGGAAGAGAUCGACAAGAAGACACAGAGGCUUGAGGGGGAAAACCGGAGUCUGUGGACUCGGGGUCUUCUGGGAGUGACCGCACUUGGCAGACAUCAGCUGGAUCACAAGGUACUUCCAGUGGAAGCACCCAGGGCCAGUGCGCUGUGGAGAGCGGGCUUGGAAGGGCUGAAGGGCACUGCACAGCACAUGGAACCAUUUCUGGCAAGACCAAGACUGGGGCAGGCCGUCAAAGGGACGAUGGGCAAUCCACUGGAGGACCUGCUGGGCCCCUCACCAAGAGAGUCAAAACCACUGCCGCAGCGGCGGUGCUGGCGACCCUGUGCACGAUGGCAGCCUUCAUCUCCCCGCUUCCACUUCGGCCUGCGGCCCUGA